CAGCUUGCACCAGGAGUGGAAAACAGACAGCUAUUUAAGCUUCUCCGGAUUUAUCGACAGAAAGAUAGUCUUCCCUCCGUGCAAUAAGCUUAUCGAGUCAAAGGCACCAGAAAUUGGCGGUGAAUGCGGUACUGCCCCAAUGCGGCAUCUUUAGCGGUUAAGUACCCGAUGGGCGGGCGUGUCCACCUUCCUAAACGGGCAUCCGGGGCGGUACUGGCUUUUUCACCUGCCAAUCCUGACGGGGCAGGAGAAGGAGGGGGACAGAAAGGUCGGCUAGCUGGAGGGUUGCCAUUCUGGCGGGGUGUAUUGCAUGUGGGCUAUUCAUGAUAGUUUCUCAUGUUGGCUUGCUACAGAAACA